GCCCUUUCGUGGCGUCUUGGGGGAUUCCCCACGGCCAGCCGGCAGUAUGGACCAAGUAUGGACAGACGGACAGACAGACGUCCUGGUUUCCUACGAGCAAGCAAGGGAAGCCAUACUGUAUGUAGGGCCUCUGUGCUCGCAUCGCUCGCAACCCCUCGUCACCACAGUCAUCGUCGUCGCAGAUAUCAUGAUUCAUGAUGGUCCUGCCUGCGUCGCCAAAUGCACCGCAAACGGCCAACAGCUUCUUGCCGGUACAACAAGGCCGCUCGCCGCUCAGGACUCAGGAGGCCGCUACAUAUACAGAGUAGGUGACCAGCAAGUUUUGACCUCAUUUCUGCGACCCCUACUCAUAUUACCAGCCAUGACCGUCGACUAUACCGCCUUCGAGACCCUCCAUGCCCGCAUCCUCACCCUAGAGUCCGCCACACGGGAUUUACCAGCCCUAUCCGCCCGCCUGUCUACGCUCGAAAUUGAGCUCUCAUCAAAAGCCUACACCUCCAAAACAGCAGCUGAUCUAGCAGCAUCGAUCGGCAAAAGCGUCGACAAGCUCGAAGACAAUCUCUCGCUUAAAUCCAUCUCGGCGGCGCUGACCGGAAACAAGAAGCAAAAGCUGGAGAAGGAGCGCGAAGACCUCGUCCAUGUUCGCGAAGUGGCACUCAGGGAGGCGGAAGCGAUGCGGGCGGUCGAGGUGCAGCUGCCCGGUGUCAGGCAGCAGCACACCGCGAUGGAGGCGGCCGCGCGGGAGUUGGAGACGCUCCGAAAACAGGAAACGCAGUUGCUGGAGCAGUGGUUCAGCGGGCCGAUCGUAGACCCCGAGGAGGCACUGUUGAAGGCCGCGUUGGCCACGGCGACAUCUGCGCUGGCUGGUCCGACGACCGAGCUAGCGACCAUGAACGCCGUGUCUAAACUCGUGGAUCAGGGAUACUGGGCACUCGACAAGGCGAUGAAGUACAUGGGCCGCAAGCGGUGCGACGACGGCAUGUGGAUCGGCAUCGACCCCAUCAUGGUCCGCCUCCAGGACUCGGUCAAGAUCGCGAAUGAAGCGAUCGAGAAAGCCAACACCGCGCUCGUGCGCGCUCAGCACAUGUUGGACGAGUCGCCUUCCGUCUUGCUGGUCUCAAAAACCAACACUUCCCUCCUCCCACCCCUCCCUCUCCCCCUGUUCGGCGCCGACGUCACAUCACGCGUAGCAGACGACCUCUUCAGAUCCCCGGGGGUGCCCAGCGCCAUGAAGGCUGAGGACGUUUACAAGUUCGCAGUCGCUAUGCAGCCCGUUGUGGACCAGGUGCAAACGGCCGACGGGAUUCUGAAGGAUCGGACUGAGGAGCUGGAGAAAAGGAAGGGCAAGCUGCGGGAGGAGGCUGGUGCCGCGGCGAGGGAGUUGUAUGAGGCCCGCGUGCGGCUUUUGCAAGAGCGUGUGCUGCAGACGAGGUCGAAGGCACACUGAAAAGGGUGCGAAUCGCACUGGGAAAAGUGGGCCAACAAGUCGUGGCGUUCGAUGAGGCACCUUGGACAACCAUGGGAGAUAUAGUUCGCAUAGU